AUGUCUGACGAGGAGCUAGCUUACCCACAGCCAGAGCAGGAUGAACUUGACAACGACGUGCGGUUUGUCGUUGUGGUGCAGAACCCCGAGAUGCCUGACGGAAAGAUGGACGAGCGGCUGUGCUCAUCAAUCGACACAUUUACAAAACUAAAUGCAUUCUUCGAUGCAUUUGACGAGGCUGUGGCAUACCCUAACGAAAAAGAUAUCAAAUAUGACGUCGGGUCAGACGGAAUGGUGGUUAUUGUUGUCACCACAGAGGCCUUGAGUGAUACCGUGCUACAGUUCAUCGACGAACACGUUCCCGCUGCAGUUGAAGAGGAAAGACCCGAAGGCCAAAAUGGCUCAGCCAAGAAGAGAAAGCAGUAG